AUGAUUCCCUCCAUCAAACACCGCUCGGAGGGUGUUGCAGUCCGACAGUCACUGCUCAGUGUGGCACUCGCAUGCCUACUGCUCGGUGCCUCCGGUGUGCACGGCUUACCAUCGCCUAUCCUCGAAAAGUCGGCUUCACCCGCUCGCCGGAAUCUCCAGCUCGAGGCCGAAUCACUCGAGGCGCGUGCCGAUCGCCCCUUUCGCCGCGCUCUCGGCAAGUCGUGGACCGGCAAGUCGACCUUAAACGCUGGCAGUAAUCUGGGCAUUGGAGCAAGUGAGUCGUUUUCCUUCUUUGGCUGUGUGACCCGAGGGCGCAUGUCGUCACCUGGAGGAUUUAAGAUUUGAUGAAACGUCGACUCGGCCGAGGCGUCAUGGCAUCGCCUUUGCGUGCGAGUCCUACUCGUCGCCGUCCGGCUGAGACAUGCACAUAAUCGAGACAUUUGACCGUGCUUCCCCAUUCUGGGCCAAAACUGACCCGGUGGCAAGCGAUUGUAUUUGCGCAGUGCAAAUGAGUCUCAUCAGCGAUGAUGAACUACUUGUGAGUUUCUUUGGUAUCAGCAUUUUACAUCCACUUAUUAUGUUCUGGCACGCAUUGCGACGGGGGCAAUGUACCAGUGUGUAAUCCGUCGUUGAGAACCUUGGCGCCGACGUCCUUGAAGCCGCCGCCGUCGCUCGGGCCACCUGUGUGCAGACUCUGCGCCUACUCCUGUCACGUCGACCGAGCACUGACAACAUCCUAUACCCAUCCUCGUGUGUCCGAUUUGCCCUCCGUACAUUCGUUUUCAAUCAUAGAGUAAGCACCCUCACUCGUUUUCGCCCUCGCCACGUGACUGAGCGUCGCGUGGAUGUUUCAGAUGAAGAUCACUGACGUAUUCGUGCGGAUCACUGGUCCUUGCAGUGUCAGUCCAUGCCGAUAUCCUAGCCUGGCGCGCGCCCGCAGUCUCGCGCGCAGUUAGCUACGGCCUAUAGACCUCGUACGACAUUGGAGACUGACCAUGCAUUCUUGCCUCACUAAAAUACCUACAGCUAUGACAAAGCCGAAAACAAUCCGGGACAGGUCAAAGGUCACAGCGCUUGGGGUGAGUGCCGGCUCAAGGAUGCGCAGCUCCUUUGAAUUCACGGAGACCGGCCGAGAGCUCAUGCCGAACAUUCUUUCGAUCGCACAUAGGCGAAGUGUACACCAUCAGCUCUGGAGCGUCUCGCUACUUGAAUUUGCAGACCAACUCGUAAGUGUGGACCCAGCCAUCGCAGACGUCUGUGAACGGUCGGGACGGAGCUCCAAGCGCAGUGAUUGAACUCACCGCGGCACCGAUCAAAUCUCACAGGUUCUGCGCCGGAGGUGGAUGGCUCUCUAACGGAACCUGUGAGUAGCGCACACGAACAGCUCGACCUCGGCGAGAAGCUAAUUGCUGACUUGGAUCAACUUUGGCGCACACGCUCAGUGGUAUCUAUCGGAGGCAAUGGCGUUCAAUCGUCGAACACUUUUUCGCAGAAUGGAGUCAAUGCAAUCCGACUUUUCACGCCUUGCCAGGUCGGUGGAAGUUGCGACGUUCAAGAAUGGCCUAACAAGCUCCGCCUCACUUCGAAGCGUUGGUAUCCCUCCACUUCGCGCCUUCAGGAUGGCUCGAUCAUUAUCAUCGGAGGUGGGUGGCAGUCGCGGUUCGACGACCUGCUCAAUCAUUACUGACUUCACACCGGAAUGCGGACAGGUACUAGAUCCGGUGGAUUCAACAACAAAGCAUCCAAGGUGAGCUCCCUCCCGACCUAGUACCGCUCGAGUAAAAAAUGGUUCUCACCCGUCACGCUCUUUUGCCAACUGCCGUGCACGGGACAACCCCACCAUCGAGUAUUUCCCCCCCAAAGGCAACGGACUUUCAAUUCCGUUCAAAUUUCUGUCAGGUAAAUGGGAUCGCGUAGCGGGGGAAGCGAUGCUUGCUGACCGCCUGUUCAAUCGCAUUUAUUGCUGCGUACAGACGCCCUCAAUUCGAACCUUUUCCCAGUGACCUUCCUACUACCUCAAACGGGCUACCUUUUCAUCGCAGCCAACAAGCUCGCCACGAUCUACGACUGGAAGAACAAUCGAGAGUACCGUCUCCCCAGCAUGCCGAAUGGGGUUGCCAUUACCUACCCCGCUUCGGCUGCAGGAGGUGAGCAGCUUCUGUUCCCCAUCGUGAAUCCCGUCACAUGUUCAAGUUGACAGGUCUCACUGGUUCAACCUCUCUCCGGCAGCCCUCCUUCCUUUGUCAAUCGCCAACAAGUACGCCUCAGAAGUUCUUUUGUGCGGUGGAACGACGGCGAACAUCGACGGCAAUCCAACCGCGCUUAGCUCCAACACUGCGACGUCCAAGCAGUGCGCUCGCAUCCUAAUAUCCGGUACCGGUUCUAGCCGAGGCUGGCAGGUAGAACAGAUGCCCGAGGCUCGAAUCAUGGGAAGCGCCAUCCUCACACCCGAUGCUAAGGGUAAGUACGACAACCGCGCGAAGUCUGUCCUCGGUCGGUGAGGGGUCAAGUCUGACUCCUUUCGGACUCACUCCCGCUCGCUCCAGUCCUCCUGGUCAACGGCGCGCAGACCGGAGUCGCAGGUUACGGAAAUGUCGCGAACCGAAUUGGCGCAAGUAACGCCGGAAACCCGGCCUACCGUCCGACCUUGUACGAUCCGGUGGCCCCUGCGGGCUCUCGCUUCAGCACCAACUUCCCCUCGAGCAAAAGCGAGCGCUUGUAUCACUCGACAGCCUCGCUCGUCGCCGACGGAAGGAUCAUCAUUGCGGGCAGCAACCCAAACGAUCGGGUGUCGACGAAGUCCUACAUGACCCGAUUCAACACCGAAUACCUUUCGCCGCCUUACAUGUCGCUCCCGAGACCGGUGCUGCGUUCGGUCCCUUCGAGCGUCAACUACGGGGCAUCGUACACCAUUCGCUUCUCUCGCAUCAGUAAGACCUCGACUAUCCGCAUGGUGGUGAACGACAUCGGCUACUCGACUCACGGCGUACACAUGAACCAGCGCUGGCUCGAGCUCCCCGUGACGUCGAUCCAAAACGAUCGGCUCACUUUCACCGGUCCUAUCGACACCACGUACUACCCUCCCGGCUACGGAUGGCUCUGGGUUCUCGAGGACGACGUCCCCUCCCAGGGUAAGCGUGUCAUGGUCGGCACUGGUGCGAGCCCUCCUUCGACCAAGUCCGCUUCCGCCAACCUCUUGUCGAUGACCUCGGGCGUGGACGACACCGUUUGA